AUGAUGAAGAGGCAGCUGCACCGCAUGCGGCAGCUGGCCCACACGGGCAGCCUGGGCCGCACCCCGGAGACGGAGACUGCCGAGUUCCUGGGUGAGGACCUCCAGCAGGUGGAGCAGCGGCUGGAGCCAGCCAAGCGAGCGGCCCACAGUGUCCACAAGCGGCUGCAGGCCUGUCUGCAGGGCCAGAGCGGGUCGGAUAUGGACAAGCGGGUGAAGAAGCUCCCCCUUAUGGCUCUAUCCACCACGAUGGCCGAGAGCUUCAAGGAGCUGGACCCCGACUCCAGCAUGGGGAAGGCCUUGGAGAUGAGCUGUGCCAUUCAGAACCAGCUGGCUCGCAUCCUGGCCGAGUUUGAGAUGACCUUGGAGAGGGAUGUCCUGCAGCCGCUCAACAGGCUGAGUGAGGAGGAGCUGCCGGCCAUCCUGAAGCACAAGAAAAGCCUGCAGAAGCUGGUGUCCGACUGGAAUACCCUCAAGAGCAGGCUCAGCCAGGCAGCUAAGAACUCGGGCAGCGGCCAGGGCCUGGGUGGCGGCCCAGGCAGUUACAGCCACACCACCACGGCCAACAAGGUGGAGACGCUGAAGGAGGAGGAGGAGGAGCUGAAGAGGAAGGUGGAGCAGUGCAAGGACGAGUAUUUGGCCGACCUGUACCACUUUGCCACCAAGGAGGACUCAUACGCCAACUACUUCAUAAACCUCAUGGAGAUCCAGGCCGAUUACCACCGCAAGUCUCUGAGCUCGCUGGACACAGCCCUGGCCGAGCUGAAGGAGAACCACAGCCAAGCAGACCCCUCCCCUUCGAUGACGGCCGCCCCCUCCUCCAGGGUGUACGGGGUGCCCCUGGGAGCUCACCUGCAGGAGCUGGGCCGGGUCAUCGCCCUGCCCAUCGAGGCCUGUGUGCUGAUGCUGCUCUCCGAGGGCGUGAAGGAGGAGGGCCUCUUCCGUCUCGCCGCUGGGGCCUCCGUGCUGAAGCGCCUCAAGCAGACGAUGGCCUCGGACCCCCGCGGCCUGCAGGAGUUCUGCUCCGACCCCCACGCCGUAGCAGGUGCCCUCAAGUCCUACCUGCGGGAGCUGCCCGAGCCCCUGAUGACCUUUGACCUCUAUGACGAUUGGAUGAAGGCAGCCAGCCUGAAGGAGCCCAGAGCCCGGCUGGAGGCCCUCCAGGAGGUGUGCGGCCGCCUGCCCCCGGAGAACCUCAGCAACCUCAGGUACCUGAUGAAGUUCCUGGCACGUCUGGCCGAGGACCAGGAGGUGAAUAAGAUGACGCCCAGCAACAUCGCCAUCGUCCUGGGGCCCAACCUGCUGUGGCCCCCCGAGAAAGAAGGGGACCAGGCCCAGCUGGAUGCAGCCUCGGUGUCGUCCAUCCAGGUGGUGGGCGUGGUGGAAGCUCUGAUCCAGAACGCAGACACCCUGUUCCCUGGAGACAUCAACUUCAACGUGUCCGGCCUGUUCCCGGCCGCCACCCCCCAGGACAAGGUCAGCGAUAGGCCGGCCUCUGAGGAGCUUCCAGCCAUUGCCAUGCCGGCCCCGGCCCCGGCCCUGGCCCCGGCCCCAGCCCCAGCUCCUACCCCGGCCCCAGUGCCUACCAAGGAAAGGACGGAGUCUGAGGCUCCCCCCAGACCGGCCUCCCCCAAGGUCAGCAGGAGCCCCCCCGAGGCGGCAGCCCCCGCGGAAGACACAGCGCGGAGGACCAAGCGCCCAGCACCCGCCCGGCCCACCAUGCCACCGCCCCAGGUCUCUGGCAGCCGCUCCUCCCCGCCGGCCCCAUCCGUGUCCCCCGCCUCCGGCAGUCCUGUCAUCCCCCGGGCUCUGCCUCGCCGUCUGGUUGGCAGCAGCCUCCGGGCCCCCACCGUGCCACCCCCGCUGCCCCCCAUCCCCCCACAGCCUGCCCGGCGCCAGAGCCGGCGAUCACCAGCCUCCCCCAGCCAAACCUCCCCGGGUCCAGCCUCCCCCAGCCCGGUCUCCCUGAGCACGCCUGCCCGGGGGGACCUGGGGGCGGCCACGGAGGAUGGGGACGGCCCUGAGGCUGUAGACGGCACCCCCACUCCCACGGCUGAGUCCCCUCAGCCUCGGCCCCGGAGCCUUGCCUCAGAGACCGACUGA